GCGCGGGAAUCGAUGGAUGGAUGUGUGGAUGUCUCAAAACCUCCGCUUUUCCAGCCACCCCCUCAAGGGCUGGCUUUUCUCUUAACCGUGCGGAUUGUACACACUUCCUACAUACAGGAUUGACUUCUGCUUUCACUUCCAUCACAUAUUAAUCGAGACAGCAUUUCCGUACAUGUCACUGAGAUGAAGAGGAUCAUUAUCUGCUGCGAUGGCACCUGGCAGAACUCCGACGGCGGCGUCAAAGAAGACCCCACGAACAUAACACGGAUCACACGCGCACUCAAGAGCGUGUCUUCCAGUGGGAUUCCACAGAUAGUGUACUACCAAUCCGGGGUCGGAACCGGCGGUACAAUCGACAAGAUCAUCGGCGGCGGGACGGGCGACGGGCUCCUGGAAAACGUGCGCGAGGCGUACGGCUUCCUGGCACACAACUUCCAUCCCGGCGAUACGAUACACCUUUUUGGCUUCUCGCGCGGCGCGUACACCGCCAGGUCCAUCUGCGGGCUCAUAUGCCGCCUGGGCGUGUUGACGAAGCGCGGGAUGGACGGGUUCUACGAGGUCUACCAGAACUACAUCACCGGCCGCCUCCGCGACGACGACGAGUACGUGCACACUUUGCAGACCAGCGAGCGGAGCGCGCUCGUGACGUCCAACGUAGAAGUGACCACGAUCGGCUGCUUCGACACCGUGGGGUCUCUCGGGAUCCCGACGCUCCCUAUACCGCUCCUCGGGCGUGCCAUCUCCGGCGUCGUAAACGCCAAGAAGUACUCUUUCCUGGACACGGACCUCUCUCCACGGGUGCGGCACGCGUUCCACGCGCUCGCACUCGACGAGCGGCGGGCGCCGUUCGCGCCAGCGCUAUGGCACAAGGCUGCUAGCAAUGCGGCAACAGAGCUGCGGCAGUGCUGGUUCCCGGGCUGCCAUACGAACGUGGGCGGCGGGUACCCGGACCAGGAGAUCGCCGAUAUGAGCCUCGCGUGGAUGCUGGAGCGCACCCGCGAGUUCCUCGAUUGGGACUUUGACUACCUCCGCGGCAUCACCAUGAAUGGUGGCGGCGAUGGCGACCGCCGCGAGUGGGCUGAGGGCCAGAUUUAUAACUCCGCCACGGGGUUUAUGCGACUGUGCGGCAAGAAGACGCGUACGCCUGCGGCGUAUCAUGAGGGAGAGACGGGAGAGUGCAUACAUGUCUCCGCGAGGGUCAGGAAACAGCUCUGUACGAAUUGGGACGGCGGCGCGUUGAAGGAUUGGUGGUGGGAUGCGGAGCUGAAGUGUUGGUGCGGCCCUGGGGAUCGGAAACUGAAGGAGGAUAAGCUGGGAAAUGUGGAGAAGGAGCUGGCGGGUCGGGAUGUGGUCGAGAAGCUGCUGGGCUGGGCGUUUCCCGGGGAGAAGCUGCCGAUGGAGGACGGGAAGCAGUCAUAGGUAACAUAAUCACAUAUCACUCGGGCGACUGGUGCUGGUAUCCUAGCAAUUAUGAAUCGAGUGCAUUCGCAAGUGACUACCU